AAUCUUCUCCACCUCUGACAUGAGCCAAUGCCUAGGUGUUCAGCAGCAGCACGCUGAUUAUUUGCUUCAGUAGGAAAGUAAGGAGAAACGACUUCCACCAGCAUUUUCCAACUCAUCCGUGGCAGCCAAAGAAAGCUAUCACCCAGUUCGUCUAUAUAAUAGCGGCUGCUGACUACUGCUUGCAUGACACUUCCAAGUGGGACACGACAGUUAAUCUAUCCGUAACGAUACACUACAUCUAUUUUAUUCACACUGCGGGAAGCAGAACUUGCAGGGCACAAGGCACCACUUACAGAAAGAAUCUCUAUCUCUAUUCCAUGGAUGUUAAAUAAACACGUCUGAUCCAAUUCAAUCAUAUGGAAUCUGAGAAGGAAGAGUUUUCUCCGCUGGAUAAUGAAAUGGUGAACUCGCAGUCUGGUUUUGUGCACAACCAAGAGCUGUUCACUUCGUCAAUCAUGCAGGACCAAUCAAAUUUGACAUUUUCUUCAGGAUCUCUGGAUAAUGAAUGUUCCCCCAUCAAUCAACCAGAGGACGCAAUGUUAGAGAAACCAGGUCCUGCCUCCUCAUGUUUACAUAUGGACACCUAUGGAAGCCACACAAUUGACAUCAACAUUCAGGGGGAAAGAAAGAACUCAGAUUCUUCCAUGAGCCCCACUUUGUCACCUCCCCAAGAACACAUCCAAAUGGGAUUCCCAAGCAAAUCCUCCCCUAGAGAGUUAUUCAGAAGAUAUAGCUGUGAUGACACAACAGAGAGGAGCUACAGCAAUUUCAUCAAGGACAGAAAUCAGUUUAAUCCGUACAAGAGGCAGUUUAGUGAUGUUUUCCCCAAUACCCUCGAUUCUCUCUCACUUUCGGAGAAAACGUUCAAAGAAAUAAACAGGAUAGACACUUUUGAAGAUAUGUGUGCCCCGCCUGGUCCUGAAUACAUUGAGCCAUUUGCCCCACAUAUGCCGGAUAUCUCAACAGAACAAGCCUGGUGUAACUCAGUGCAGUACAACUCUACUCCUGAUGAAGAUUCCCAGCUUAUGUUGGGCUCGGUAGUCAAAAUAAAGUCUUCGGCCAUGGGCCAGCAGGAAAAAGAGCAAAGAAUGUACUGGACUCAGACACAGCAGCUAUACUGUAGCCCACAAUCAUUUCCACAGUAUUCCACUGGGGGAAGUUUCCCGGUGUCCUACAUUUCCACAGCUCAAUACCCUUACCAAAGGAUCGCACCUCAAGCAAGCAUGGAAACCCAGCAGCCCCUCUAUCCAAAGCCAAUCUAUUCAUACAGCAUACUAAUAUUUAUGGCCCUGAAGAACAGCAAGACGGGGAGUCUGCCUGUGAGUGAGAUUUAUAAUUUUAUGACGGAGAACUUCCCGUACUUUAAGACAGCUCCAGACGGCUGGAAGAAUUCCGUGCGGCACAACCUGUCUCUGAACAAAUGCUUUGAAAAAGUAGAGAACAAAUCUGGAAGUUCCUCCCGUAAAGGGUGCCUAUGGGCUUUGAAUCCUGCCAAGAUUGAAAAAAUGCAGGAGGAAUUACAAAAGUGGAAAAGGAAAGAUCCAGUAACCGUGAGAAAAAGCAUGGCAAAGCCAGAAGACCUUGAUAAGCUCAUAGGAGAGAGAACUGAAAAGCUGAGGUCUUCGCUGUUGGCACAUAAUGGCGCUGGUCUUGUGAACUCCACCACUAUGCAGUUAUCUAUGCAGACGUCAUUGUGUGAGACGACCAUUUCCCCAAUGCCUGUACCACUACAAUCUGUGCGGGACAUUUCAGCAUCUUUGCAGGACAACUCACAUCUUGUGAGGCAACAGCCUCCAUGUUAUACUCCAUUACCCCAUGACAUUCCCCUGAUCUCACCAGCUAUGAUACAGCAGCCCCGUGGCAUUUCCCAUAAUCAUUUUUCAUCACCUGACAACCAAAGUGACCUAAGAGCUCAACCCAUCAAUCCUCAGGACUCCCCAAUCCCUGCCCACACCCCUCCGCAUCAGACCAUGAAUUUACUGACGCAACACUCACCAACAAGGACAAUGCAGGAGAACCUCGCUGAAGUGGAGCUCAGUAAUGAUAUUGAUGAUCUCAAUCCUUCUCUUACAGAUUUUGAUUUUCAAGGGAGCCUUUGGGAAGAGCUUAGAGAUGACAGCCUGGUUUUGGAUCCCCUAAAUCUUGUUUCUCCCUCUCCAACACCGCCUCCUCCUCAGUAUUUUGUGCAUAACUCCGCCAGCAAAGGCUUCAGCAAUGGGACUGGCUCCCCAAAUAAUAACUUGAAUAUGAGCUAUGGAGACAUACAUCUCACCACUGUGUAUUCCUCGUUUGUGGAACUUGACAAACAAAUGCCGUCGUAUCUCAGUACUUGUGGGAGCAAACACCUUGCAAUAGUUUGACCAUAUACUCAACAUCUACUCCCAUCAUCUGAUAAAGAAACCUUCUGCACCCAUAGAGACAAUAACCUUACAGCGGGAAAUACUUCUUUGGACCUUUGUUAAAUAAAAUAUAUUUUGCAGAUCCUUUGGGUUGAGGUACAUUUGAUUGAUGUUCCUGGAACACAACUCUUUAAAUUCUGUAUUGAAAAGUGACUUUCUGAAAAACCGAUGAACUGCCAAAGUAAUGCACCAAAGGCAAAAGAAUAACAGGCCCAGCACUACACUGCCACAAAUGAAGAUACGCUUAAAGAGACGAGACAUAAAAUUUGCGUUUGCUGUCUUUACAGACUGAAUAUUGACUUUUUAUUAUAGGGUAAUUCCAUUUAAUGAUGGGAAAAUUGAAGUUGUACCAUAUCAAUGAUUUUUGGAUUUGGCUCAUUAACAAACAGAAACAGAACCCUUAUUUGUAUCAUCAAAUUUGAACAAUUUUAAAUGUCUUUUAAGUUACCCAGAGCUUUAAAGUCACUUGAAUUUAAGUUUGGAUUUUUUUGGGGGUAAACAAUCAAGGGCUGAUUGAUUGAUAUCUGGGUUUGCAAUUUGCCACAGUUUUGAGAUAAUGUGUAAAAGUUUGCCACAAUCGAUCGCAGGUUUGUUUUUGCAGAGGACACAUUUCUUCUCUAUAGCAAUUGUUUCCUUAGGGCUGGUUGGAGGUGGUAAGAUUUUGAUUUUUUUUCAAUCUCGUUUCGAAAAGUGGCGUUUGUUUUAUUUAGCCAUGACAACUUGCAGAAAAUCACAAAAUUUAAUAAAAUAGAACUUUAGCCAAAUCCAGAUGUUGGUGAAAAAAAUGCCUGGAUGUGACCAAAGUCUGGAUUCGGUGCACGGUAUUUUCAGUAACCGAUUACAGCAGCGCACUCCGGACUUCCAUAGAAGCCAAAUCCAGGAUUCAGGUUUAAAAAGUUCUAUAUUUUAUUUUUACAUCUGACAUACAAACAAGCGUCUGAGGUCUGACGCGUUUCGUGUCUACACACUGCCUCAAGGCAUUCCCUAAUUUGUAUUUGCUAUAAUGGAUAGUGUUGCUAAUAAUGUAUUCUGCAUAAAGCACAAGAUGAACCAA